AUGUUUGCUGGAUUCAAAGAGUUCAAAGUUUGGUCAAUACUUCUUGGAAUGUUUCCAGUAUUUGAGGAAACAUGUGACGAUGAUAACGACCUUUAA